AUGAGUGACAGGCUUCUGAACAACUUAGACAAACUUCUGCUCAAGUUUGUUUUCCAGCUACAACAAACUUCUAAUGCUAAGGAACAUGUGAACCAACAGAUAAAUUUGUAUACCACAAAAAUAAUGGAAAAGAAGAAUGAAAUUGCUAGGUUGCAGGAAAAUAUAAAUAACAGCAAUGAAGCAAUUGCUGAUUUGCACAAGCAAAAUGCAAGUAGUAAGGAGAGCUGCAAGGUCUGGAAACCCACCUAUGUAAUUCUUAGCAAGCAUGAAGAAUAUUUGAAAAAUGAACUUGAAGCUUUAAAAGAAGCUACAGAAAAUGAGAGGAAAAUGUAUCAGGAUUACAUAACCCAGUAUAAAGAGAUUUUGAAGCAACACCGUGAAAAGUAUGCAGAAACUCCUCUUGCACAGGAGCAUUACAAAAAAAAGAAAGAACUUGAAGAAAUUCGAAACAGAGUUUUGAAACGGUCUGAAAAAUAUAAAUUCAAUGAAGAUGCUUGCUUGGAUAUUCUGGAUCCUGUUCCUUUUAAAUCCGUAAAUGACUGGGCUUUACAGAUUGCUAUUUCGAGGCAAAAAACACAGGAUAUGUUAAAACUUGCUGCAGCUGCUGAGCAAGAAUCCAUUAAACUACAAAAAGAAGCAGAGGAAUUAGAAAUGAAAAUUGAUUAUUUAAAAAAGACAUUUGAAGAGACUACAGAAGAUCAAAAUAAUUCUGAAAUGAUUGAAGGAAAAAAUCAGAAAAUUCUAGAGAAGCCAAAGGAGUUUAAAGAAAGGAUAUUUGAAGAGAGUGAACAUCCAUCUUUGCCAAAUGAGAAACAGCAACUGUAUAAACCAUUACAUGUCCCAUGCAUUCCUCGGAAAUUAGACCAGCCUGUACAGAGUAUUAGAUUCUCAAUGCAACAAACAGAAACAGGGAAAGAAGAAAAAGAAAAACCUAUGGAGCAUUCAGUGGCCACUAGCAGUUCCUCCAGCCUUGCAGAAAAUUCGUCACAGAUAAUUAUUGACACUGCAAGGACUAAUAAGCCACAAAUUGCCCAAGUUCCAUCAAUAACAAGCUUACAAAACCAAAUGCAAUUCAGACUGGCAAUUCCUCCAAAGCAGACGGCUUCUAAUCAACAGUUUGAGAGUGAAAAUGCAGCAAUAGCAAACCAAGAGGCCAAAUGUGGUGAUAAAGAAGCAGAAGAGCCAAAGGAUUCUUCAUAUAUACCUCAA